UAAACACCCUGAUUUGGGAGACACCAAAAGUUUUUACCAAACCAACUAAAUUAGAAACCAAACUCAAAUGGCUAAGCAAACACAAAGGUAUAUUAGUUUGGCGGGAUCCAUGGUGCGCAAGUUUCACACGGCGCAGUUUCCACGAUGUGAUAAGGUAUCGAUGUCGAAUUUCGACUGUGGUAUCCCUUUGCCCUAUAAGAAGCUAAAGGAGACUCUUGCCUGCGUCAAGGCCAAGCUCAAAGGGCCGCUGACUUUGUCGGAGAAGGUCUUGUACUCCCAUUUGGAUCAACCGGAUUCGCAGGAGAUCGUGCGAGGCAAGUCCUACUUGCGAUUGCGUCCGGAUCGCGUUGCCCUGCAGGAUGCCACGGCCCAGAUGACCCUGCUCCAGUUUAUUUCGUCGGGCUUAAAGAAGGUUGCAGUUCCAUCGACGGUGCACUGCGAUCACUUGAUCGAGGCCCAGGUGGAGGGCAAAAAGGACUUGGCCCGGGCAAAGGAUCUCAACAAGGAGGUGUUCGAGUUUCUUUCCUCCGCGUGCGCGAAAUACAACUUGGGUUUCUGGAAGCCCGGCAGCGGAAUAAUCCAUCAGAUCAUUUUGGAGAACUACGCCUUUCCGGGUCUCCUGAUGAUCGGCACCGAUUCCCAUACGCCGAACGGCGGUGGCCUCGGUGGUCUGUGCAUCGGGGUCGGUGGUGCCGAUGCCGUCGAUGUGAUGGCCAAUAUACCGUGGGAACUUAAGUGCCCCACAGUGAUUGGCUGUCAUCUGACGGGUAAGAUCAGUGGCUGGACAUCGCCCAAGGACAUCAUUUUGAAGGUUGCCGAGAUCCUUACGGUCAAGGGAGGCACUGGCGCCAUUGUGGAGUACCAUGGACCCGGGGUGGAGUCCAUUUCCUGCACUGGCAUGGCCACCAUUACCAAUAUGGGAGCCGAGAUCGGAGCCACAACAUCGGUUUUCCCGUUCAACGAUCGCAUGGUCUCCUAUUUGUGUGCCACGGGACGUGGAAAGAUUGCCGCGGAGGCGAUGAAGAACAAGGAUCUGCUGGUGCCGGACAAGGGCUGCAAGUACGACAAGGUGAUCGAGAUCAAUUUGGACACCCUGGAACCGCUGGUCAACGGGCCCUUCACGCCCGACUUGGCCCAUCCCAUCAGCAAACUGGGUGCGAACUCCGAGAAGAAUGGCUAUCCAAUGGACAUCAAGGUGAGUCUGAUUGGAUCCUGCACGAAUUCCUCGUAUGAGGACAUGGGACGAUGUGCCAGCAUUGCCAACGAUGCUUUGAGUCAUGGGCUCAAGUCCUGCGUUCCCUUCAAUGUCACCCCGGGAUCGGAACAAGUUCGGGCCACCAUUGCGAGGGAUGGUUUCAUAGAGGUCCUGGAAAAGUUCGGCGGCACCGUGCUAGCGAAUGCCUGUGGUCCCUGCAUUGGCCAGUGGGAUCGCAAGGAUGUGAAAAUGGGUGAAAAGAACACCAUUGUCACUUCGUAUAAUCGCAACUUUACCGGCCGAAACGAUGCCAAUCCGGCAACACACUGUUUUGUCACAAGUCCGGAAAUGGUAACAGCUUUAUCCAUUGCCGGACGCUUGGAUUUCAAUCCCCUGACGGACGAACUCGAGGGCAAGGAUGGCAAAAUGUUCAAACUUAAGGCGCCAACCGCCGAGGAACUGCCGGCCAAGGGUUUCGACCCCGGCGAGGACACCUACCAGGCUCCGCCCGAGAAGGGCGAUGAUAUCAAGGUCAAUGUGGAUCCCAAGUCGGACAGACUGCAAAUGCUCGAGCCCUUCGAGAAAUGGGACGGCAAGGACUACAUUGAUUUGAUGGUUUUGAUCAAGAUCAAGGGCAAGUGCACUACGGAUCAUAUUAGUGCCGCUGGUCCAUGGCUAAAGUACCGCGGUCACUUGGAUAAUAUUUCGAAUAACAUGUUCAUCGGGGCCACCAAUGCCGAGAAUAACGAGAUGAACAAGGUCAAGAACCAGAAGUCCGGCCAAUUCGACGCCGUUCCAGCCGUGGCCCGGGAUUACAAGGCCAAUAAGUUGCGGUGGUGCGCUGUGGGUGAGGAGAACUACGGCGAGGGAUCCUCCAGGGAGCAUGCCGCCCUGGAGCCCCGUCACUUGGGCGGUGUGGCCAUCAUUGUCAAGUCAUUUGCCCGGAUCCACGAGACCAAUCUCAAGAAGCAGGGCAUGCUGGCCCUGACAUUCGCCAAUGCCGGCGACUACGACAAAAUCCAGCCAUCGAGCAAGAUAUCGCUGCUCAACCUCAAGGACUUGGCACCCGGAAAGCCGGUGGACUGCGAGAUCAAGAACAACGGAGGCUCCGACAAAAUCCAGCUGAACCACACCCUCAACGAGCAGCAGAUCAAGUGGUUCCAGGCCGGCAGUGCCUUGAAUCUGAUGAAGGAGCUGUCUGCCAAGAGCGGGGACAAGAAAUAGUUACCAUAGUUUUUCUAAACAGAAUAUUAUUUUAACUAAAUUUGUACGUUAUUUUAUCUUAUGUGGACCACAAGUAAUAUUUCACCAUUAAAGUGGCAAUCGAGUA